GUUUUGUGUACUGACCUUCAUCCGGGGACUUGAUCCUACGCGCGAAAUGGAGUGAUGUAAACACAACUACAAGCUUGGGGAAUGCCUUUGUGGUGUUGUGCUGUAAACAAACAAUUGAUGGGACUUUUUUAGGAAUGCCUCUGGAGUGUUGCGUUGUAAACAAUUUAUGGGACUUUUUUAGGAAUGCCUUUGGAGUGUUGCGUUAAGGACAAUAUGCAGCUGCGUCGCAAGUUAGGCGGCACUGCAGCGAUGGCCACCACGAGGAUGAGGAAACGACGGAAGGAAACUGAGCCAGCUCCGCCUCAGAAAAAGAAAGUAACGAGAACGGGAUCAAAGUCACAUGUCAAGGAUUUGCAGCAGACCCCACCUCGAAGGCAGAGGAAAGGUGGAAUAUCACGUCCCAUCACCGAUGAAAAACAUGACCAACCAACAACAGACUUUAUAACCUCCACCCCUGAGGUUAGCAAAGCAGUUACUUACAAGAAAGCAUUGAAAAUCCUGAAAGAAAAUCCAGAAACUGGUUCUCCUCCCAGAGUACCGAUGCUGGGGACUCUCUUCUCUCCUGUGUACCAGUUUUAUGAUGGAGAUUGCGAGGAACGAGAAGGAAUGGAAUCCAUUGCCAAGUCCCUGGACUUUGGGGGCUGGGCAGAUUAUCAGGAAGGGGAGGAGUCGGAUGGAGCGUCUUCCACCAAAGAAAACCAGGAGCCUUUUGAAGUUCCAGUUGAAAUAUGCACCAAUGAAAAGCUAGCUAUGGAGGAUAACAACAACCUAGUGUGUGGCAAGUCUGGGACUAUGGAGUGUGAUGCGCUGGCCGAAGACGAGCAUCCGUCGUACGAAGAGGAAGAGGAAGUCAUGGUAGAUGAAAUCGAUGUCGAAAAUUUUGAUCCAUACCUGUUCAUCAGAAACCUUCCCCCAUUAACCGAUGAGCUCAGAGCACGCAACCCAGCUCUCCCGCUUAAAACCAGAAGUUCACCAGAAUUCUCACUUGUCCUUGACCUUGAUGAAACCUUAGUACACUGCAGUCUGACAGAACUGGAGGAUGCAGCAUUUACGUUUCCUGUUCUGUUUGAAGAAGUCACCUAUCAGGUGUUUGUACGAACAAGACCAUUCUUCCGCGAGUUCCUGGAAAGAGUGUCAGAAUUGUUUGAAGUCAUUCUAUUCACUGCCUCCAAAAAAGUCUACGCAGACAAACUUGUCAACCUUCUGGAUCCUCAGAAGCAGCUGAUUAAGCAUCGAUUAUUCCGAGAACACUGUGUGUGUAUCAAUGGAAACUAUAUCAAAGAUUUAACAAUUCUCGGUCGUGAUUUGGCGAAAACGGUCAUCAUAGACAACUCUCCACAGGCGUUUGGUUACCAGUUGGACAAUGGAAUUCCCAUUGAGAGUUGGUAUGUUGAUAAGGAUGACCGGGAACUGAUGAAUCUUGUGCCAUUUCUACACAGCUUAGUACAGAAGAAAGAAGAUGUUCGUCCUCAUAUUCACCAUACCUUUAAACUGCACGAACUGUUACCGCCAUGACUCGGGGUCAAGAGGUCAGGAACAGCAGAUCAUGAUCUGCUGUGUGUUUGAUCAGCACAGAGGACUGUGUUCAUCAUCACUGUAGUCUUCUGAACUAGAUUCACUGAUGGGUUGUUCGUGAUUAUCUCCCCCUUUUAUAAAUUCUUCAUAUAUAUGAAAGUUUUAUUAUGUCAGGUUUUUUUUAAUGGAGACAAAAAUUUUAAUGUACUGCAAUAGGGCAGAUUUUAGCAAUAAUUGUUUCGGAAGACAUACUCAGUAUGAAAUGUAAGCUAUUGCAAAUAUUUUAUUUAUGAAUCUUGUUUCAGUAGAUUUUUAUUUGUGAAUGAAUUAAGAAAAACCCUUGUACAUGGAAAGUGGUUCAAAGAUUUCAUUUGCUAGUGUUUCUGUUAUUGUAGAUACCAAUACAUGUCACUUCUACAAAAAACAUAUUUGUUACACUAUCCAGUUUUUUUCCUUUUACAUGUGAAAUACUUAUGUUGGUUAAGAUAUAUAUAGAACUAGAAUUAUUUCUCCAUGCAUUUUCUAUUAUGUGUUGGUCAAUCUCUUCACCAUUGACCUGCUUAAUUUUCUUAAAAUUUCAUUUUACUGUUUGCAUUUAGUUCUUGCAGUAGUUUUUAUUUGCUUGCAAAAAUUUCCAAAUGGAAUAUGUCAAACGUAAUGAAUUUUCCUGAAAAUUUCUGAUCUCCCAGUUUAAAGGGCACCUGAUAGAUUCACAUACAGUCAAUAGACACAUGUCUGAAGUGCCCUGUUCUGGGAUAUCAAAAAGGGAAAAGAAAUUUAACAAAAUUGAAAGGAAAUCGAGUAAAAAUUUUUUGCUUUGAAAUUAAACAUAGAUAUAAUUGAUUUUCCUGGAAAGAUUGGAGGUGAAAAGAAAAUUGGCAUGCACCAUUUUAUUUUUGUUGGAAGAUUUAAAAGUACUGUACGAGAAAGUACUUGUGUAUAUGAUUAUGUAUCAAAAGUUAAAUGUUGAUACUUCAUUUGACGUGUAAAUACAUGUACAUGUAUGAAUUCUUUUGAGAAGUUCUGGUAGUUUUACUUAACAAAGUUUUUAAUCGUAAAUUUUAUGUUUUACUAUAAAAAUGUCUACUUUUUUUAAGGCAUGUACUUGGACAGCUAUAUGCUUUACAUUUCUGAGGCAGCGAUAAUUUUCUGUGAAUAUAAAUGUAUCUAUGGUUAUGAGGUGAAUGUUAUCUAAAGUUUUCGUCUUCUGAGAAUAACAUAUGGAGGUAGGCAUGUUAAUUACUUGCACAAGAUUUUACAGUAGAUCUCAAAAUCCUUUCCCAGCAUCAGUUAGCUGUGUAAUUAUGUCCUUAAAUAACAAUGGUCUGAUUCAUCAAUUGUUUGUUUCUGUAAGUUGUAAAAAAAAAAGAAGCAUUUUUUCCAGUGGGGGUGGGGGGCACUGCCUUUCUGACGUAGAAGACUUGUACAUAUUGCAUGUAUAUAUUUCUCUUUUAGGGAACUGUUACUAUUCCUUUGACAAAUUAUUACUAUGCCAUGUUUCUCCUAAUAAACGCCCAUGUCAUUUUUAAGGGCCUUUUCCUACUACAAUAAGUGCCCAUGUUAUAAUAAGCACUCUGUCAUUAUAAGGGGCCUGCUUUAACUACAAUAACGUUGUUAUAAGGGGCUUGCUUUGACUACAGUAACAGUAUGUUUUCUAUUUUCUUUAGGAGGAAAGCUAUGUUUAAACAUUGCCUAACAUUAGUGUGCUUUAAUGUUUACCAUCCAAAUAUUGCAUGUGUAUAUCUAAAGAUGGAUGUGUCUAAUGUCUUUCUGUUCUCGAUUCUCGGGGGGGGGGGGGGGGGGGGGGGGGGGAUGGGAUGUGAUGUUAGAUUUUGUUGUUACAAUAUUUUGUCUACUUUUAUGCAGUCUCAAGAAUUAAUAUUCUGAAACAGUCAAAUCUUAAUAAACUUUCUCCAAGUUUUAUAUCCCUGCUUAAGGAAUAUGUGUGUCCCUCACGCCGUUCCAUAGUUUUAGUCCCUUUCGUUUUCUUUGUUUUAUUUUAAAUGGUUAGGAUCUUUUCAUUUUUCCCAAACACUUUUUUUUUAAAUCGAACUUGCUAGGUCUUUAGCUACAUGUAAUGAAAUGAAUGUAGAUUUGUGGGUCUGUGACAACCUAGUUUUAAUCUAACUAUUAUUGCAUUUGUAUCAAAUAGUUGUGUACCAAUUUUUUUUUUUAUAUAGGUUAAGAUCUAAGGAAAUAAUGGGAUAUGAGAAGGUGUUUAACUUACUGGGACUUCUUGAUUCAGGGCUACUGCUAGUGAAAAGAGAAUCGCAUCUUAAUUUGGAAAGAUUGUCUCAGACCUGUGGCUUGUUGUAAGGGGAGGGGGUGAUGUGACAGUUUGAUAAUUUCAGACCAGUGGCUUGUUGUACGGGGAGGGGAUGAUGUGACAGUUUGAUAAUUUCAGACCAGUGGCUUGUUGUACGGGGAGGGGAUGAUGUGACAGUUUGAUAAUUUCAGACCAGUGGCUUGUUGUACGGGGAGGGGGUGAUGUGACAGUUUGAUAAUUUCAGACCAGUGGCUUUUUUAGGGGGAGGGGAUGAUGUGACAGUUUGAUAAUUUCAGACCAGUGGCUUGUUGUGUGGUAGAAGUGGAUGAAGCUUGAUACAGAUUUUUUCUAAAAAUCCACAUCUCUCUUUUUUCCCCUUGCAAUAAGGGGCAUGGUGAAAAUCUAUCAUUUUAACCAGUUCUGAAGCAAAAUUAAAAAAAUAUAUAUAUAUUGAGUUUAGAACUUGCAGUACAGAAAGCAGUCAGUUGAUUUUGAUUUAACAGGAGAAAAUUUAAACAGAGGGACAUUUUCCUCAAUUUUGCAUGAUGAACGUUUUGAUUAUAGCGUUACUUGAUUCACUUUCGUAGAUUUUCAUGUGUUUAGAAAAAACAAUGAUAUAUAUCUUAUUUUGUAUGGACAUGCCGGGGAGGUGUCUUACUGUAAUGUGUAGUACUGGGGAGAGCAAGCCACUAUACAAAUUGUGUAAUGUGUGUUUCAACUUUAUUUGGUGUUUAAAGGGGCAUCAGCUGGGAUUCUGUCAUCAAAAAUUGAAUUGCUCUAUACAUGUAUUAUAUUUAUAUAUGUGUAUUUCAGUAGUAACACCAGCAUUUAAUUAUUUCGAACACUUUUUAGCCUUAAAGCAGGCACUUAGAUAUGUAAUUUUGGUGAUAAAUAAUUAAUGUCUUGCAAGACAAUAAGUCUUCCUUAUAUAUUGUAGAAUAAUGCCCGCGGCAUUCCUUUGAUCUUUGCAAUAAUUGUGGCAGAAUUCUUUACACUAAAAGCGGUUAUCUAACAUGGUUUUAUUAGGUUUCUCUUGUUUUUGUACAAAAUGAAUGUUUUUAUUAAUCAUUAAUAUAUAUUCCUAUACCAUUGAGAGAUUUUGAGUUAAAAAAAGUUGCCAUCACUUUCACAGCUAAUGCCCCUAUAACAAAUGAAUAGUAGCCAGGGUUAGAAUUUUACAAGUAGAAGUUAUUUAUACACAAUGUAUUGGGUUUAUACUGUAAAGAUGGGUCAGACUAUUUUAACUAAUUAAUGUGCAUCAUUUUAAUUUGCAGUUAUUUUCUCUGGAAAAUAUUGUCUCACAACUGCUGUAUGUGUAACUUGGAAUUACUAUUGAAUCCUAUCAUAAAACGGAUAGUAAUUUGUCUUUUAAAAACUUACUUCUUACCCGCCCCCUCUCAACUCCGCCCCCUCUCCUUGCUGUUAUCUUCAUCAUCCUUCAGAAUGUGUAAUAAAACAAUACCAAAUACCAGUAGCACAUUUUUAAGACAGCAAGCGUAGGUCUCAUUUUUUAUUUUUAUUUUUUUAUUUUUUUUUUUAUUUCCGUUUCUGUCCAAUGGUGUGCAGAAACGGAAUAAACAGUAAAAUUUUACUGCUUUUUUUUUUUUUUUUUUUUUUUCUUUUCUCAAGGUGUUGAUAUAUUUUGAAUCUUUGUUGUAUUUUUACGUUUAUUGUACAUAUUAUUGAUAAAUGAUGUAAAUAAUUUUAAAUGUAAAUAAUUUUAACUCAGAAUUUUAUGCUUCGUAUUUUACGGUUUAUAUUAUUUGUGAGCUUUCUUUUAGACAAUUAAACUUUGCUUUAGAUAACCAUA